AUGGGGCUGGGCACGGCCCCAUGUCCCCAGCUCUCUGGACACCAUGUUUUCUCCUUGCAGAUGAACCUCCUCGCCCAGGUGAGCACCCUGGUGCAGACCCUGCAAGCCCCGGAUGGGCCGUUCCUCCAGGCCCGGCACUGGCUGGGCUCCUGGGUGGGCAGCUCCAGGCAGGGCCAAAUCCUGCAAGCCCUGCCUUUUCCUCAGCUCCUAGAGGAAAUGGCCCCUUCUCGGAGGGCGGUGGCUGGGGUGGCGAGCACGGCAGCGUUCUUCCUCUGCGAGGGGCUGCUGGGCCAGCACUUUGACGUGGUCCCCGAUGGGGUGGCCGAGCCCCAGCCCGGGGACCUCUUCCUCUUCCCGCUGGCCUCGGGGGGCCCUGGCUGGUGGGGCGCCCACGCCGGCAUCUACUGCGGUGACGGGGAGAUCAUCCACCUGGAAGGCAGCUCGGGGACAUCCCCAUCGGGGAUCGUGGCCAAGCACGGCAAGAACCACCUCCUGCGGACGCGGGGUCCGGCCAAGGUGCUGCGGAGGAAGGGAGGGCUGGAUGCAGCCGCCCUGCAGCGGCGGAUCCGGGUGGCCAUGGACCAGGCGGUGGAGUACGACGCUGUCACCUGCAACUGCAUCCACUUCGCCCUCACCCUGCUGGGGCUGGGCCAGCUCGCUGGCACCAUGGUGUCCCCAGCGCUGCAGUGA